UGUGAGAGAGAGCUGAUAGUGUUCGCUGUAAACACUGUCCGGUUACUCAGAUGUUCCUGCGGGGAUCAGGACCGAAGCUCCUCCCAGACAAACUUCCUCAAACUCAGGCAGAUCACACACACGCACACACACACGGCCGAAUGACGAGCAGAUACGAGUUAAACGAGCUUUGCGGACUGUCCCCCGCUGAAUGAGGCUCUGGGGUCGGCAUGAUGUCCUGGACCGAGGCCUUCAGGAGCUUUUCCAGAUUAUUCUCCCGGAGUAGAUCAGCGGACAGCGCGGACUCAGAGAGUGAGGUCAGAGAGGCUGUGACUGAUGGAUUUACAUUUACCUGCAGUGUUUCUGAAGAUGGUGUUGAUCAAACACCUGAAGCAGCAGCAGCAGCACAGUGUUCUGGCAGCACCGGAGGGCAUGAGGGCGUCUCCGCAGCCCCCCGCGCCCCCACAGCGCCCCCUGCGCACACACUCCUGCUCCAGACCAGCCGGACAGCGUGCUCACACACUUCCAGCAGUGCCGCGGAGCCACCUGGGGGCCGGUCACUGCGCACACACACACAAUCUGCUGAAGAUAGAAGUGAAGCCAUAGACCUCAAUGCCAAAGAGCUGUUGGAGGAGAAAAGACGCUAUGAUCUGUCCUGUCCCCCUGUGGUGACCUACGGCACAUACCGAGGCCUGAGGGAAGCAAGAAAACCAAAGAAGAAGCAUAGCAUCGAGCUUCAUUCCCCCAUAUCUGAAGGAGAUGAGCCUGCACACCCCGAGCAGACCUGCUGUUUCACUGUAAACACCAUGAGCACUGACCUAAACCAGAGCUCUCCUCCAUGGACACAGCAGAUUGAGGACGUGUUGUUGACCCAGGGUGUUUUACUAGCCCAGGGUCCCACUGUUGAAUCUCCAGCACACCCUCAUCCCGAAUACUCAAACUGGUCCAUUACCUGUAUAAAGACAGAACCAGUCUAUAGAAUCCAUCAAGCAGAACCAAGACCACCCAAACACCUGGUUUACACCGAACAGGAACACCUUGAUCUGAAUGCUGCGCUAGAGACUGUUUCAGCAAACAUCACAAACACACAUUCAGCCACUAACACACACCGUCCACACACCGCCCCCACUCCAGGACCAGAGCAGAACAGUGGGGAGGUGUGUGUAGUUGCAGACAGGACUGAUGAUCGGCAGGAGUCUGAUCCCGAGCUGGCGGAGCUGCAGUCUGGGGUGGAGGAACAGCUCCUGCGGGUGGAGUCUAGACUGAUGGUGGACGGCAUCUUGACCAGCGCUCUCUCUGCUCUGCAGGAGAUGGAACAUUCUGAGCAAGGUGUCCUGCUGAGCUGUGAACUUACCUCAAAGUCGGAUCUGAUGGAGGAUAAUAGAGCUGCAAAUGCAGAGCUGCGGUGCGGUGUGGAUCCAGCCGGCCUGGCUGUGUCUGCUGUGCUGGAGCCACCAGCGGGGAGCUGUGCUUUGGGAGACUGCAGCCGCUCUCUGCCCUCCUCCGGGUACGAGUCCAUCGCCGGCUCCGACUCCGACAUCAGGAGUUUUGUGGGUGCAGCAUCUGAAGUGUGUUCUGCUAAUGCUCUCCUGAGCGAGAAUCAGGCCCAUAUUGAGUCUUUCUGUGAAGGGAAGAGUGUGGACCCUGCUCCCUGUAGCGGCUGUGCAGAGAUCAGAUCAGAUGAGGAUUUAUCCACGGUCCACAGCCAUAAUGCAGAGAUCAGCCUCCACAGCCCUGCCUCAUCAGAGGAGUCUCUCUUUCAGGAGAAGCACACGGCUGAUGUUUGCAUGUGUACAGAGAGUAGGGUGAAUAAAUCUCAGGAUACAGUCAAAGAGCAUGUAUUGAGCAAUAACUGUAGAUACUCUCCAGGUGGUGCUGCAUUAUCAGCAGAUCAGGAGAGCCUUCAGCAAAGCCAAACUCUCAGUGUAACUCUCAGCGACAGCCACAGCUUUACCUCUGAUUCAGGUGUGGUGUCAGAACUCCGAGCACCAGCCGUACACAGCCAUGAAUCCAUAGAGCCUGAAGCCCCUUUUUCAGGUGAGCAGGACUCCAGUUGCUCAGGUGAGCAGGACCGCAAUGGCUCAGAUGAGCAGGACCAAUGUUACUCCCAGGCCGCAGCAGAUCUGAAUGUCCUUCCAUCCGGGACUGAACCCCAGUGUUCUGCCGACCAAUCUGGGUCUCCGCCGUGGGUCUCGGUGCGAGCGGUCCGCUGCAGCAUCACCGAUGACCAGAGCCCAAGUCCAGAGGAGCAUCUGAACCCUGCAGAUACAGGAGUGUGUGUUUCAGCUCUGGACACCCUGAAAACCUUCAUCAGAUCUGCUGCCGUUCAUCAACAUCCCCGUUUGCUGGAUGCAGACCUGCAGCCGGACGGGGGCUUCUCCAUCAUCAGUGAGGAGGACGAGGGUGACGUGGUGUUCGUCAAUGACCUGGGAGCUCUGCACAGUCCUAGUGUGCGCCGGGCUAAAGCGUACCCCUUCUGCCUGUCCCCCAUAUAUGAGGAGGAGUGUGUGCGUGAGGAGGCCCCGGGCCCCCAGGAGCCCCAGGAGGAGCAGAGGAGCGUGGAGCAGCCGGCCGCCGCCAUACUCUCCCUCCUGCAGUCCGUCAGCGAGAAACUGCAGUCCAGCAUGGGCAGAGGAUCAGGGGAGACCUGCAGGAGGGAGGACUGCACACGGAGCCCACAGGACGACAUGCUGCUGAACCAUCAUAUCCACCCGGAGGACACAGGAGCACCACUGAUCCUCCAGGUCCUCCCCAAGCCGAUCACUGACCCGUCUGAUGAUCACAGUACAGACAGAGAGCAGCAGGAGCUGGACGGGGAUGUUGGAAAGAGUGCCAAUACACCCUUCUAUCAGUACAUGAAAUCCAGACUGAUGCCGUCUGCUGAUGACGACACCAAACCCAUUGUUUGUCACAGUGGAGCCAACACAGGGGUCACGGAGAGGAACAGGGUGUUGGGAAAGAUCAACCCCAGACCUACAGCAGCGCUGAUCUAUGAUGGAGGUGGCGAGAGGAGGAGGAUCUGCAGGGAUGUGGAGGACACUAGGACGGAGCUGACGGCUCGCGGAGCUACACUACAUGCUCUGAGAGGAUGUUGGCUGCUGUAUGAGGACUGGUGUUACCGGGGCCCAUGUGUUCUCCUAGAGGAGGGUCAGAGCGUGAGGACCGGUGCAGGAGCCCAGCAGGACCUAAAGGGAAGCAGGUGUGCCGGCAGGACUGAUACGGUGGGGCGUGUGGGCUCCGUCAGGACUCUGCUGAAGGAUGAGUGUGCUCCAGAUCUCCAUCUCCACCUCAGCUCCUCUCAGUGUCUCCGCCUGUGUUCCUCCACUGAGCUGACGGAGCAGCAGGGCCCUGUGUGCCUCUCAGACAUAUGCGUACGCUCUGGAUGCUGGCUGGUGUAUGAGCGCUCUGGCUUCAGCGGUGCGUCUGCGGUUCUGGAGGCUGGCGGCAGGGUCACACCUGUUCUCCGGGACUCCUCGCUGUCCUGCAUCAGGAGUCUCCGGCCACUGAAGCUGGGUGGGCCCCGGGUAACCCAACCACUGGACCCAGAGCUGUUGAUGUUUGCGCGUCCGCUGCUGGAGGGUCGUUGCAGGACAGUGCUGGAGCACAGGGCCUGUCUGGAGGAGAUGGAGGCCCCAGGGUCCCUGAGGGUCACUGCGGGAAUAUGGGUGGUGUUCUCCGCUGCAGGGUUCAGAGGUCAUCAGUGUGUGUUGGAGGAGGGUGACUACAGCGACUGCACUCGUCUGUUCAGCAGGACUGAUCUCUCCAUCUGCUCACUGCGCUUCCUCAACACCGAUUUCCUGGAGCCAUCGGUGUGUGUGAAGAUCUGCGGUCAGGUGCUGGAGGUGUGUGUGGAGAUGCCGGACCUGCAGGACAUCGAAAGCAUCUGUGUAAAGAGCGGAGUCUGGGUGGCGUUUAGCGAGAGCAACUUCAGCGGAGAGCAGUGUGUGUUGGAGAAGGGCCGCUAUACAGGACAGCUGCAGUGGAGCGACAGAUGGAGCUCGCCACGCUCAUUGCGGCCCAUACACAGGGAAGUGUGUCAGACGGAGCAGCCUCAGUUUCUGAUCCGUCUCUACACUGAGCUCCAGUACGGCGGUGAGAGUCGUGAGUUCAUCAGUUCUGCUGCUGACUGUGGCGCUGCUCAUCUAUUAUCACUGCGCGUCAUCAGAGGAAGUUGGCUGCUGUUUGAGGAUUAUGGUUUCUCUGGUAACCAGUACAUCCUGACGGAGGGUCUUUAUCCUGACCUCACUUCCUGUGGCUGCCCGGCAACCGCCAUCAGGUCUCUGAAGCCCAUUCCACACAGCUUCAGCGAGCCGUGUGUCAGUGUGUUUUCUCUCAGUGGUUUCGAGGGUCUGCAGGAGACAUGGCGGUCGGCUGUGGAGAACACACACUUCAUCAGCCAGUCUGUGCGGGUGACCGGCGGCCAGUGGGUGGCGUAUGAGUUUCCUCUCUUCAGGGGCCGGCAGGUGUUGUUGGGGCCAGGUGAAUGUGCAGAGUGGGCUGAGAUCAGCGGCUGGGGGACCCUGGGCUCCAUCAGGCCCCUGCAGCAGCCCAGGGGUUAUCUCCAGCUCAGGAAUCGGGCUCUGGGUUUGGUUCUGACUGCUGAAGAUCUGCCGGACGGAUCCUUCCCAGCCAAACUACUGCUGCGCUCAGCAGAACGCUCUCUACACACACAGCGCUGGAUACUGAGAGACGGCCUGCUGAAGAACACGAAGCAGAUGGGCUGUCUGUCAGUGAUCGGAGCGAAGGCCUGCACUGGAGCCCCAGUUGCAUUAUGGGAAGAGCACGGACACACUAACCAGCGCUGGAGCAUCACUGAGGAUGGACACAUACACACACACCUGGACCACAGUCUGGUGCUGGACCUCACAGGUGAAGGCCAGCGGCUGGUGCUGAGUCCAGCUGAAGACCAGCGCAGCUCUCAGACCUGGGACAUACACCUGCUCUGAGGACACACACCUGUCAGGACUGAGCAGUUAUAUAUAUAUAUAUAUAUACACACACACACACACACACACACGAGUAUUAAAGCGUACUGUGUAAAUGGAGAAGCCGGGGGGGUUUAUCUUGUGAAUCACGUUUGCACUACAGAAGCUGAGGAGUGUGUUCACAGAUGCUGGAGUCUGCUGUAUUUCAGCCACACACACACACACACACACACACACACACGUCUGAACCAUGAUGAUGGUGUGUUCAGAGAUGUUCAUUAGCAGAAUGACAAUAAAUAUGAAUUGUAAACACGUU